AUGGCAACCUCGAACACCCUCACUUCAUGGAAGUCAUUGUUCCGAUGUGAUGAACUGCCUUACGGUUUUGAGUGGGAAGAGCAUGCCAUCACUAUAUGUUUGGUCAUGCAAAAGAAAUGGAUUCGUGUGGAACGACUUUGCCCGUCCAACUGUGGUGAGUAUGUGUUGAAAGGAUCUGAAUCCGCCAGUAAAGCGAGUUUAAGAGACACAUGUGAAGAGACCAUUGUCUGGUCCAAAUCAAGAAGCUCCAAAAAGUCGGCUUCUCAGGUUAAAACCUAA